AUGGCACCCAGCGUCAACGGCAACGGCUACCACAGCCCGCUGACCUCCAACUCUGCCGUCGGCAAACCCACCGACGAAGUGACGAAGCUCUGGACGCGCUUCGAGGCGACGAAAUAUGGUGAUUCUGCGAAGAAUCAGCUCAUCGAGGACCUCAUCACUCGCUACGAGGACCUCCUGAGCCAGCACAAAGACUACGUCAAGCAGAGCGAGAAUGCAAGCACAGUCUUGCAGGAGCGCGACAAGGUGCUGGAGAGCAGUGUCAUUCGCAUGCAGAAGAUUCUGAACCGUGAUCCGCACAUCCUCGUGCUCAUCGAUGGCGACGGGUUGUUCUUCAGCAACCUCCUUUUGAGGCAGGGCGCGGCGGGUGGCAAGGAAGCAGCAGCAUUGCUCUCUGACGCCAUCACGGAGUGGGCCACUGCGACCGUGGACGACUACCCGGCUGACUCAAAGGUUGUCGUUCGCGUCUAUGCCAACCUUCGAGUCGUGGCGGACACUUGCGCUCAAGCUGGAUUUGUGGAACAUUUUGGGAAGGUGGAGGAUUUUGCACGUGGCUUCACGUGCAGUGACACUCUUUUUGACUUUGUCGACGUCGGCAAUUGUAAGGGUGGCACGCAAGGGAAGAUUAGCGAAAUGUACCAGCUCUUCCUCUACAACUACCACUGCCGCCAGAUUGUCCUCGGAUGCACCAGUGCCAGUGGCUACGUGAGCCUCCUCGAUCAGCAUAAGCACGAUGAGGAAGCGCUGCCGCGCGUGGCACUACUGGAGGGCGCUCCUUUCAACAUGGAUCUGGCCAACAUGCCAUUCCGCAAGCUCAAGCUAGCCGGCAUCUUCCAGGAGACCAAGAACCACCAGACGUAUUGCUCUGGCGGGCAGCGGGUCGAUUCCCGUAUCUCGCUCAAUGCUACCAGCGAAGCCUUCACGCCGCGCAACGCCACGCCAGUCGGUCAGAGCUUCAGCGUCCAGAGUCCGCCGAGCAGUGCCGCAGGCCUUGAGAACGCUCGACCUUCAUUUCACGCCCGUACUGAUAGUAUCACCUCUUCAGGCAACAACUCUGACGUCGCCAACUCCACCUGGGCGACGGUGAUUUCAAAGAACAAGCUUCGCCCUCUGGCCGACACUCUCCGCCGUCAGUCCGUUGAACCAGCAGCUACGAUUAAGCGCAACCGCGCUGGUCAGCGUAUCGACGUGCCAGGCGACUACGACCGGGACGAAGUUCAGCGCAUCAAGAAGCUUAAGGGCUGCAAUCAGCACUACAUCGGAGCCGGCUGCUGCCACUACAACGCAGGGCGCGCAGACAAGUGCCCGCACAACCACCACUUCAAGUUCAGCGCCGCAGAGCUGAAGACGCUUCGCGUCGUUGCGAAAGAGACGCCAUGCAAGCGAGGCCACGAUUGCGACGACGUCAACUGCAUCUACGGCCACAUGUGCCCCUUCCCGUCGGCUACGGUGGGAUCUAUGAGGGGCAGUGGAUGUUUGAAUGGCAAUGACUGCCGCUUUCCCAUCAGCAUGCAUGAUAUGGACACGGUGCCGGUGAGGACUGUUCGCGCGACGGGUACGUUCUGA